AUGAAGACUGAAGCGGUAUCAGGUGAAGACAACUUUGGCCACUAUGGGUCCAUAAAGACCAUAAACUCUAAGUUUCGCUGCACACAUUCCCACCAGUCCACUACUCAGUGGUGGUUUGGAGCUCAUAUGUAAUCUGUUCGGAGAAGCAACAGCCUUAUAAAGGGUUGCAGAAUUGGAAUGCUGCCCUCAAACGUGAUUUAUAAAAAACAUUGAUUUAUAGAUGACUAAGAUACAACAUCGUGUAAUGCUUUGCAGAUCUUAAAUAAAAAUGUUUGAGUGAUCACCUAUCAAGGCGUGUGAAUUUAAUUGUGGUGGGAUAACAAAUGCGAACCAUCCAAAAGGUAGCCUGUCCCUGAGUAUCAGGCGUUUCUGGGGAAAAGGGGAAGGAUGGAAUCCCCCCUCCCCCAUCUCAAAUCUCCUCUCCCCUAUCCCCUUAGGAAGGCCUGAUACUCAGGCUAUCCAAAAGGCGGCGCGGCACGUGGGAAUGGAUUUAAUGUCGGCAAACAGUUUUGACUUUGAAAACAAUACAAGAAAAAGAGGAAAGGAGACAAACUCCCUUUUUGCGACCAAGUGCGAAACAAAAUAAAAGAAAGCCUCAAAAAUGAAGAACGAGGAUUUCUUUUACAUUUCAGUUCAAAUUUAUGAGCAAAGAAUAUAUAAAUGAUUUUUUGAAGAGAAAUUUAUCAAAAAGGCAAGCCAAGUACGUUUUAUUCCGCGAGGUUCAAUCCCCUUUUGCCGUCGUGGUUGUUACAAUGUAAAAUAUGUAAAAACGUUUUUGCAAAAUGUAACAGCUGAAAUGUUACAACUUUUGAAGCAAAAUGUACAGCCAUUAAAAGCAAAAUGUUACAGUUUUUAGACGCAAAAAGGAACAAACUUUUUAACACGAAAUUUAUCAACGAAAAAUAUGUUAAUCUUUUUACAAAAAAAGUCUUUUUGCGAUUUUCUCAUAUUUAUUUGACUAUACUCGAGGGUUAAUAAGAGGUCUUAAUUAUAGGUCUUAAUCGAGGUCUUCCAAAAUUCCGUAGAACGUCCUUCAAGGUAAACGCACCAGUGAACGAGAACUCCCAAAACUGGAAUCAGUACCGAUUGAGUUAG